AUGGAAAUUAAUGCACUUGCUGUUAAAUUACUUCACUAUGGUCUUGGUCCCCAUGAACACAAUCGUGUUAUGGGCUGUAAAAAUGCUAAAGAAAUCUGGUAUUUACUGCAAGUAACACAUGAAGGAACUAACGAAGUGAAACGCUAUAAAAUUGAUCUACUUAUGUCCAAAUAUGAACGCUGUGAAAUGCAAUCUAAAGAAACAAUCCAGGAAAUGUUAACAAGGUUUACUAACAUUAUUAAUGAGCUUGUUUCUCUUAGAAAGCAAAUACCUAUUGAUGAGCAGGUCAGGAAAGUUCUAAGGAGCCUCCCUCAAGAUGAAAGAUGGAGAGCCAAGGAACAUGCAAUAGUGAAGGGAACAAAGGAAAAAGGCUUAGCUCUCAAAGCUGGUGAUCAAGAAGAAUCUGAGGUGGAUGAAGAAGAGGUGGCUAUGUUGGUGAGAUGGUUUAAAAGAAUGUUCAAUCGAAAUAAUAGAACAAGGAACUUCACCAAAAAGUCCUCUAAUUCAAAAGAUGAUUCUGGAUGUCACAAAUGUGGAUCCCUAGAUCACUUCAUUCGUGAAUGCCCUUUGUGGGAAACUGAGAAAGGAAAAGGGAAGGCUAAGGAACAAAAUAAGAGCAACAAAACUCCUUACAACAAAGCAGACAUUAGGAAGGCUAUGAUUGCUUCUUGGGGAGAUUCUAAGAGUGAUGAUGAGGAGGAACAACCGAAAGAAGAAAAAGCCAAUCUAUGUCUAAUGGCCAAACGUGAUGAAAAGGCCUACAAUGAUGAACUAGCUAAAGAGGUAUGUGUUGAUCCCAAUCACCUUAAAACUCUUCCUAAAGAAGUACUUAUUGAUUUAAUUUUAGAAAUGGAAGAUGACUGGAUAAUUGAUAUUAAAAAGCUUAAUGAAUGUGAAAAAGCUCUUAAAGUCUGCAAGGAACACAGUACCUGGAUUGAGAACCAGCGUACUGGUGUUCAAGGCAGAUUCUUUGAUCUUUUUGACAAGAAUCUUCUUCUAAAAGAAAUGAAUGAAAAACUCAAGUAUGAAAAUAUUAUGGUUAAUGUAGAACUAACUCAAUACAAGCUUGCCAGUACUGACUUAAAAUCGUCAAGUUCCUCUUCUGAAUCAUUGCCUAAAUUUAAUGAAGAUUUUGAAAAAUUAAAACACAAUCUUGAUGAGUUAAGAAUUGAAAAGGCAAAUUUAGAAAAGGAACUUGCAAUCAGAAAAGAAAGAAGCACUGGUCAGCUUAGAAUACCUAAAUGGAUUGAGAAUGCUCAAACAAAAAGAACUGAAGGACUGGGAUACAUUCGAUCUAAGCAUAAAGGUCCUAGUGAGGGGGAACAACACGUGUACCUCGACACCGAUUGUUCAAAGCAUAUGACAGGAGACAAAUCAAAAUUCCUCUCACUUGAGACCUAUUCUGGAGGAACAGUGACCUUGGAGACAACAAGAAAGGAGAAGUUAUUGCAAAAGGAAAACAAGGAUGAAACCUCAGAUGAAUUUGUGUCAUUUGCUAAGAAAGAGCAGAAAACUAGUGGAAAUCAAAUUAUCCACAUUCGGUCAGAUCAUGGAACUGAGUUCGAAAAUUCAAGAUUUGAUGAGUUCUACAAAGAGAAUGGCAUGGAUCAUAACUUCUCAACCCCAAGAACUCCUCAACAAAAUGGAGUUGUGGAAAGGAAGAACAAGACCCUAGAAGACAUGGAACAAGACUCUAAUGAUUAUGAAAUUGGAAUGGUUAGAAACAGGGAGGAUGAUGAAGAGGAAACUAGUCAUUCCAAGGAAAAGCAAAUUGAACCUGAACAAGAUCUUCAAGAAAAUGCUGAAGUUCCUUCACCUAAAAUUCAGGAGGAACAAAGUCAUGAAGAAACAGGCAAGGAAGAGGAACCAGAGGAAGCAGAAGAAGAAGUCCCUCAAAUAGGAGUUCCAGCCAGAGAGUUUCAUCCAAAGCCUUUCAAAUAUCAAGGCUCUUAUCCUAUUGAUCUCAUCAUAAGUGACAUUGGUAGAGGAACUCAAACCAGAUCACAGAUGAGGAACUUCUGUGCCUUCCAAGCCUUUUGA